GCCACACCCACGCUGCUGCUGCUGCUGAGCUACGUUCACAAGCACAAACUCCCUCACAGACAACACAAAUGUCUGUCAAUAACAGCGUUAUUGUCUAUUGUUAAGUGUCUAUUGUUCGUGGACGUUCGUGUGCGCGAUUUAGUUGCGUUGUAGUCAAACCUACUGCAAACAUUUGACUCAUCGCAAGGCUGUUUUACGCCUGUUUACACCUGUUUACACGGCCAGACAUAUUUAAAAAAGGAUGGCUUCACGUGGGAAGUCAGAAACAGGAAAACUGAGGCAGAACAUGGAAGAGCAGCUCGACAGACUGAUGCAGCAGCUUCAGGACCUGGAGGAAUGCAGAGAAGAGCUGGACGAGGAAGAGUAUGAGGAGACAAAAAAGGAAACCUUGGAACAGCUGAGUGAGUUCCACGACUCUCUGAAGAAGAUCAUGACAGGAGACAUGACACUUGUGGAUGAACUGGGUGGGAUGCAGCUGGCAAUCCAGGCUGCCAUCAGCCAAGCAUUCAAAACACCAGAGGUGAUCCGUCUUUUUGCAAAGAAGCAGCCAGGACAGCUGAGGUUAAGACUGGCAGAGAUGGAUCGGGAUGUCAUGGUGGGGAAACUGUCACGGGAUGUGCACAUGCAGCAGAAGAUGGAAAUCCUCACAGCCUUGAGAAAACUGGGAGAGGAGCUCACUGCAGAGGACGAGACUUUUCUCAGCGAAAACGCUACAGCGACCCUGAGCCAGUUUGAAAAAGUGACUGCAAACCCAGGGUCGGAGGACAAAAUUAUGGCUUUAGCCAGCUCUGGUGUGAACACCAAAGCAUAAUUAUUCCACAAAGUAUACAUUUUAACUCUGUUAUUAUCAAAAAAAUGUGCCAAUUGAUUGUUGAUUUUGUAAACAAUUGAUGCACUUCUAGGUGUUGCUGUGAAUGUGACCACUUUUUAAGAGUAUGUUUUUAUAUGUCCCCAUACCUUUGUAAAUGUCUUUUGUCCAGAGUAGUGUACAGUUGUAUUAUACUGUAGGUUCGAGCAAAUAUGAAGAUGUGUACAUAAAUAUGGAGGAUAGUUGAGGCAGUGUAUUUCUCAGUUGCUCUGGAUGUAUGUGUUUGUAACCUUGCUAUGAUGAAGAUGUUGAUUUCCUGUGCAAGCGCUGCAAAUAUUCAACAUGGAAUGUCAUUUUAACUUAACUGUCCUGUGUACGAGGAAAAUAACAGAAAUGCUAAAUACAUGCAACACUGCAAACAAA